CCAAGUGAUGAAUUUGGCCGCAAUAACACGAUUCAGGCCGACACUUACGUCUGAGAGAAUAAAAUCUAUUGCUGACAUCGCCAUGGCAACCAUAUAUGACCUAAAAACACGACACGCUCCGACUGAAAGACAAUGACAGUGUGAGUUUUGGCGUUACUGGAAUAAUGUCGCACCAGAAAAGCAGCAUCAGUCAGCACUCCGCGUGCCACUACAGCAAUGAUAUAGAGGAGCUGACGGAUGCGGACAUCGUCAGACAGGUGAACGAGCUGAAGCAGCACAUACGAAUACUGAGCUUGGAAAACGAGGUCCUCGAGCGGACCAUACUGAGGCUCGAGCCCAGUUUGAUGCACGGGAUACAGCAGGCUCUGGAGUACGCCGCGAAGAUGCAGAGCAGCUCGUCCCUGAAUGUAGGCAGCUUCGUCAAAUCGCAGACAUCCAAGUACGGGAUGGAAUCUUUGGUGAGCCCGUCACGGAUGAUGACGAGCCCGUCGAGGGUCUCGACCAGACGGGUCGAAUCAUCAGCCAAAGUCAGCGGAACGGUUAUAAUAGGAAGCGGGCCGAAGGUCAACAUAUUGGAGCGCUCUGAACUCGUGUCCAUCGAAAUGGAAAUACUGAUAAAGACUCUAGAGAGAUCCAGGAAGAAGGCAGCCAAGCAACACGCCCUGUUAAAAGCACAGCUUGAAGAGAUCGGAGUGCGCGAGGCGGACAUUAUAAGAGCCACUGAUUUUUUCAAAGAGGACGUCAUAAUCAGUGGCUGGGACAGAAUAGCUCAGAGGAUCCCCGCCGAGAUAUGGAUAAGAUUCAUGAUGGAGUGGCUCAAGGUCGCGGACACGCAGAUAGGCAAGCUGCGACUGAGAACUAGCACACUCAACACACAGUACAGCAAACUGAAAGGUCAGAUAAAGGUCAAGGCGGAAUUGAGCGAGUGCCUCAGAGCCGUGGACUUCGAGAAGCUCAAGAUAGAGAACAAGGAGUGCGUCGAGAUCAUAGAAUACAAGCUGCACCAGCUGGGAGAGCUGAAGAAGAUGACGGGAGACGCGAACCUCAACCUGACCAUACACAAGAAGGCGAUGAUGGAACAGAACACGUAUCUGACGAACGUACUGACGUCCAUACGGGACAAGCAGAAGCAGGCGGUACAGUGCGACAAAGAGAAGGACGUCAUAGAGGCGGAGGCGGGCAAGCUGUUGCAGAGGCUCCAAGAAGUCAAGACUGUACGGGCGGCGUACGAGGUGCCGGAUAUCAUGGACUAUGUCAACGUCAAGUCGGAGGUCACCGACCUCAGACACAGCAUCAAGCUGCUAGAGAACAGGUCCCGCAUACAACAGAUAGCAUUGACCUCGCUGAACAGGAAACUCAAAACCAUUUACUCCAGUGUUUGAUGUUAUUUAUUUGUUGAUUUUUAUAUGAAUAUACGAUACGUACGGUUA